GGUUGACUUCAUGAUGCCUAAUAUGAAAAAGAGAUUCAUCAGGAAUGAGCCACCUUAAUUCGCUAUGGCGGGUUCGUCUACCACAGUUCGGCUAGAUGCCUGUGUCCAGUCACACAACAGAAACAGCAUUGCUACACCAACCCCAACUACUACUACAACACAACAGCCCACUUACUCGAAGAUGCUCGAUAAAGUUGAGGAAGCUCGAAGAAAGGUCGGCGCCAAAACCGACGAGUUCUUUACUGACGAAGAUGUCAGGAACAACUCGCCGAGGGGCUGGCCAUCCAUAGCAGCAACGCAGAUGUAUUUGCCUGACUUCAAUUGCCACCGCGGCUUUACCUCGUUAAUUCACCGGACACUCACCUUCUAUGAGUUGAGGAUCCACUGUAUUGAGGAUAAACUAGACGAAUUGGACUUUGAGGAUGACGAAGCCAAUGGAAAUCAACUGAGGUCCCUUCCUUUUGAUAAAGAUCAAUUCAUAGCUCGAUGUCUUCAAGGGGCUGGACAUCUUCCUACCAAACUAAGUCCCGACCAAACGAAUCGUGAGGCGGAGAGGGAGAAUCUAAUUAUAAGCUCAGGGAAUCUUCAGAGGGAAUACUUCCAGUUACUUCACAUGCAAUACGAAAACAAGAAAUUCGCUAAGGUCUCUCGACGUGUGCAAGAGGCUCAUUUCAACGAUGCGCAAAUCUUCGAACAUUUGGAUAAUAAAGCACGUGCCUUCAUGCGUUAUAUAGACGAUUUCCUCAAUUUCGAGCCGGAUUACGUAUUUCAGCGUUUCGAGACACUAUUCUAUACGAACUCGCGAUGGGUCCAGAACAUCCUGAGGCAUAUCUGCUGCAUAGGUCGUAACAAGUCUUCGCCCACCUCUUCGGCGGAUGGUGUACGGCCGACCUACAGCCUACGGCCCGUAAAACUAUUCGUCAAGACCUUCCUCGUAUUAGGCAACCUCGCUUUAUUGAUCAUACCAGUGUCGGUACUAUACCUUAGGAUUGAUUUGUCACGCGGCCAGAAACUCGCUAUUACCGCUGCUUCUUCGGUGUGCUUUUCUAUCGUUAUGGCGACCUUCGAGAAUCGCACUGCACAUUUGCUCGUUGGCAUUACUGCUUUCUUUGCUGUGCUCGUCACUUUCCUCUCGAACCUGCCAGACUCCGAUAGCGGCAUGUGAUAUUGCGAAUCGAUAGUCUGAAUGAACAACUCUCCUUGAACUCCCCGAUAAUUAUGUUACAGGCUUGUUCUGCGAACAUCGGGUGGAAGGGGGGAUAGGGUGUCGACAGAGGAGGCAAUAUGAGGACUCAAUAAGAUCUGACUCAAAGGGUUGAAUAUAAGGGAGAAACGACGAGUAGUCGUGGUAUAAUCGGAGGAAACGCAUAUUGUUUUCCAUGAUGUUUUCAUGUAUUUUUCCCUUUUACCUGAAUUUAGUACCAGUCUAAUUUUUAAAUUGUUGAAACUCCCGCUAUGUGUAACAUCAGUGUUGAUAUCUACUCACUUCCCACCGUCUCGCCUCGCUAUACAUCAAUACAAAGACAGCUGCCACCGACAUACAUACCUAGGUACCUAGGUACUUAGGGUGGGAGCAUAUACCUCUAGAUAUCCAAUACGUUAGUCCCUUUCAUUGCGAGCCAAAGUCGAGUGUAGCUUGUGUUGCUUCAUCAAGGAGACGCUGAUGAGCGCUAGAAGCGACAAGCCGACCAUCGCAAACC